CGGACCUCUUACGCGGCUGGACAAAACAACCGGCAGGAGGAAGAAGCUCCGUGUGUGAGAAACCUCCGCAGACUCAUCACUGAAAGGAUUUUUGUGCAGACAACUGCGCAGUUUCUGCGACCCCGUCCACCAUGAAGUUUCGAGGGAAAAUUAUAGACGUUGCCUGUCUCAACCACUUUACCCGGGUUGUGAACACCAUCUCAAAGCUGACGAAAACGUGCGUUCUGCGACUGACUCCAGACAACCUGUUCUUUGUUCUGUCCAGUAAAGUGGCCAACGGAGGAGUCAGCAUGUGGUGUGAGCUGUCACAGGCCAACUUCUUUGAUGAGUACCAGAUGGAGGGCGUGUCCUCUGAGGACAAUGAGAUUUGUCUAGAGGUGGCUCCGGAGAACCUGUCCAGAGCCCUGAAGACAGUUCAGAACGCCAAAUCUGUUAAAGUCAAGCUGACCAAGAAGCACUGCCCCUGCCUCACCAUCGCAGCAGAGCUGCCCACCCUAUCCAGCAUCAGUCGCGUUGUCACCCAUGAUAUCCCGGUUGAGGUAAUUCCCCGGAGACUCUGGCACGAACUGAAAGAGCCAGACAUGCCAGACUUUGACGUCAGUAUCUACAUGCCUCCUCUGAAAACCAUGAAGAAUGUUGUGGACAGGAUGAAGAACCUCUCCAACUUCCUGAUAAUUGAAGCCAACCUGAACGGAGAGAUGAACCUGAAGAUAGAGACAGAUCUGGUGUCCGUCACAACCCACUUCAAGGACCUGGGGAACCCAGCGUGGGGUGAUGAUGCCUCUCAGGAAGGAGGUCCGUCUCAGAGCAGAGAUCCAGAGACCUUGUCAGAGGCCCGAGUGGACAUCCGGAAGCUACAGCAGUUCCUCAUGGGACAGCAGGUCAACCCCAGCAAGGCCAUGUGCAAUAUCGUCCAUCAGAGUAUCGUCCACCUGAUUCUGCUGCAUGAAGACGUUUCCCUGCAGUACUUCAUCCCCGCCGUGGCGUAGACUUCUUGCUCACCUCUCUGGUUCCUCCAUGUCUACAAGACUGUUCAGUAUUUCAAAGACUUUUUAGGAGGUGGUCUGAGUUGUCACCACGGACCUGGGGAAGACCUGACCUCUAAUAGUGUUCGCAUGUUUAACAUGUACGAAGAACAAAGGAUAUGUCUGGGAAGUUUACAUCCAAGUUUCACAAUUUUCAUUUGUAAGAAGUCAUGUUUUCUACUUGGACAACAGGACCUUAGCCUGCUGCUGUUUGUCUGUCUUCACAUGUUCCAGGUCGGACGUCAAACUCAAGGCCUGCGGGCCAAAUCUGGCUCACCACCUCAUUUCAUCUGCCUCAAAAGAACAUGCAAAGAUUCUGUAUUUACGAUGCAAUUCUAUAAUUUUGUGGACAUGGACCAUGACUACAUGUCUUGCAAUAUAUCUGGAUUUCAGUACCUGCAGCCUCAACGACCCCCCCAGGUGGCAGCACCACAGAUAUUUAUUACAACAUAUCUGUGCUGAAGUCACAGAUUUGAAACUAAAGUGUCCAAGAAAAGACAAACUUGAGUGGGAUAGCAGUUUAAAGAUAAACUAGUAUUUUUUUUUAGUGGCAUAAAGACAGAUUUGUCUAUCCAUAGUUUGGCAAACAAGUUAAGUGCAGAGGCAGUUAUGUAAAAUAAAUAGGUUUUUCAUUUAAGUAGUCUUGUGGUUGCCGUAAACCUGAAUGCUAACGUGCUUCACGUCUGUUGGAGCAUAUUUUAUGUUUGGAGGCUGUUGUACCCGGAGGAUUUCUGUUAAAACCUUGUCAUGCAAUCCUGGACAUGUGACUGAAGGAGCACUGCUUUACUCCAUAUAUUGA